GCUCCGGAGGGGACUAGGGGACCAAUCUGCGUAGGAGCGGGUGGCGGGGACUAGAGGGCAGGAGAACUCUGAGUGGAAAGCGGACCCGGGGGCCUGGGACCCGUCGCGUCAGAGCCAGGCAAGUGAACCGGAGCAAACGACUUCCGAUCCAGUCCGUGCUGCUGCGGCUCCCGUUUGGGAUUUGAUUUGCAGCAUCUUCGAGCCUGUGCAACAAAAAACCGCGAAGCACGCCCAGUCCUCCAACCGGCACCCCGAUACGCACCCACUCCCUCCUGGGGACUCUGCUGGGCGCGUCCACACCCCCGCACCCCUCACACCAUGUUGUGCGGAUGGACUUGCACUCGCUGCCUGUGUCGUUGAUGUCAGACCCCAGGCCAACCUCCGGGCGCUGCAGUUCUCCUGGCUAAUGCUGAGCCUGCGGCUCGGGCUCUAGCACAGGAACCAGCCCCUCCCGCGCCCGGCCCCAGAGCCCACCGUCUGCAUGUGCCCGCCGUAGCUGCCUGCCUAGCCCGCAGCCCGCGCUCCCCGGAGCGCUGGAGACCACCGCGGUGGGCCCCUUCUGCCUUCAGGAGACGCGGUCUUGGAGGUAUUGAUUUAGGUGGUUGGAUUUUUCCCGUGGAUCUAUCAAUUCACAAUUCGAAUUUGGAAGAAAGAAGGAAAACAUGACGUCUCCGGCCAAAUUCAAAAAGGAUAAGGAGAUCAUAGCAGAGUACGAUACUCAGGUCAAAGAGAUCCGCGCUCAGCUCACAGAGCAGAUGAAAUGCCUGGACCAGCAGUGUGAGCUCCGGGUGCAGCUGUUGCAGGACCUCCAGGACUUCUUCCGAAAGAAGGCUGAGAUUGAGAUGGACUACUCCCGCAACCUGGAAAAGCUGGCAGAGCGCUUCCUGGCCAAGACACGGAGCACCAAGGACCAGCAAUUCAAGAAGGAUCAGAAUGUUCUCUCUCCAGUCAACUGCUGGAAUCUCCUCUUAAACCAGGUGAAGCGGGAGAGCAGGGACCACACCACCCUGAGUGACAUCUACUUGAAUAACAUCAUUCCUCGAUUUGUUCAAGUCAGCGAGGACUCAGGAAGACUCUUUAAAAAGAGUAAAGAAGUCGGCCAGCAGCUCCAAGAUGAUUUGAUGAAGGUCCUGAAUGAGCUCUACUCGGUCAUGAAGACAUAUCACAUGUACAAUGCCGACAGCAUCAGUGCUCAGAGCAAGCUAAAGGAGGCCGAGAAGCAGGAGGAAAAGCAGAUCGGCAAAUCGGUAAAGCAGGAGGACCGGCAGACCCCACGCUCCCCUGACUCCUCGUCCAACAUCCGCAUUGAGGAGAAGCACGUCCGGAGGAGCUCAGUGAAGAAGAUUGAGAAGAUGAAAGAGAAGCGCCAAGCCAAGUACACGGAGAAUAAGCUGAAGGCCAUUAAAGCCCGGAAUGAGUACUUACUGGCUUUGGAGGCAACCAAUGCGUCUGUCUUCAAGUACUACAUCCACGACCUGUCUGACCUUAUUGAUCAGUGUUGUGACUUGGGCUACCACGCCAGCCUGAACCGGGCGCUGCGCACCUUCCUCUCGGCUGAGUUGAACCUGGAGCAGUCGAAGCACGAGGGCCUGGAUGCCAUCGAGAACGCCGUAGAAAACCUGGAUGCCACCAGUGACAAGCAGCGCCUCAUGGAGAUGUACAACAAUGUCUUCUGCCCACCUAUGAAGUUUGAGUUCCAGCCCCACAUGGGGGACAUGGCUUCCCAGCUCUGUGCCCAGCAGCCUGUCCAGAGUGAGCUGGUACAGAGAUGCCAACAACUGCAGUCUCGCUUAUCCACCCUGAAGAUUGAGAAUGAAGAGGUCAAAAAGACAAUGGAGGCCACUCUGCAGACCAUCCAGGACAUUGUGACGGUCGAGGAUUUUGACGUGUCUGACUGCUUCCAGUACAGCAACUCUAUGGAGUCCGUCAAGUCCACGGUCUCAGAAACCUUCAUGAGCAAGCCCAGCAUUGCCAAGAGGAGAGCCAACCAGCAAGAGACAGAGCAGUUCUACUUCACGAAAAUGAAGGAGUACCUGGAGGGCAGGAACCUCAUUACCAAGCUGCAAGCCAAGCACGACCUUCUCCAGAAAACCCUGGGAGAAAGUCAGAGGACAGACUGCAGUCUGGCCAGGCGUAGCUCAACCGUGAGGAAGCAGGAUUCCAGCCAGGCAAUUCCUCUGGUGGUGGAAAGCUGUAUCCGGUUUAUCAGCAGACACGGUCUGCAGCAUGAAGGAAUUUUCCGGGUGUCGGGAUCCCAGGUGGAAGUGAAUGACAUCAAAAACGCCUUUGAGAGAGGAGAAGACCCGCUGGCUGGGGACCAGAAUGACCAUGACAUGGACUCCAUAGCUGGCGUCCUGAAGCUUUACUUCCGGGGCCUGGAACACCCUCUCUUCCCCAAGGACAUCUUCCAUGACCUGAUGGCCUGCGUGACAAUGGACAACCUACAAGAGAGAGCUCUGCACAUCCGGAAAGUCCUCCUGGUUCUGCCCAAAACCACUCUGAUCAUCAUGAGAUACCUCUUUGCCUUCCUCAAUCAUUUGUCACAGUUCAGUGAGGAGAACAUGAUGGACCCCUACAACCUCGCCAUCUGCUUCGGACCCUCGCUGAUGUCGGUGCCUGAGGGCCACGACCAGGUGUCCUGCCAAGCGCACGUGAACGAGCUGAUCAAAACCAUCAUCAUCCAGCAUGAGAACAUCUUCCCAAACCCCAGGGAGCUGGAGGGCCCUGUCUACAGCCGAGGAGGAAGCAUGGAGGAUUACUGUGACAGCCCUCACGGAGAGACAGCCUCGGUCGAAGACUCCACCCAGGAUGUGAGUGCGGAGCACCACACGAGCGAUGAUGAGUGUGAGCCCAUUGAGGCCAUUGCCAAGUUUGACUACGUGGGCCGGACAGCCCGAGAGCUGUCCUUCAAGAAGGGGGCAUCCCUGCUGCUUUACCAGCGGGCUUCUGACGACUGGUGGGAAGGCCGGCACAACGGCAUCGACGGACUCAUCCCCCAUCAGUACAUCGUGGUUCAAGACACCGAGGACGGUGUCGUGGAGAGGUCCAGCCCCAAGUCUGAAAUUGAGGUCAUUUCUGAGCCACCUGAAGAAAAGGUGACAGCCAGAGCGGGGGCCAGCUGUCCCAGUGGGGGUCAUGUAGCCGAUAUUUAUCUUGCAAACAUCAACAACAGUACCUUCCACCUUGAGAACUCAAAGCCCACGGCCACCAAGCAAAGGAAGCGGCCAGAAUCGGGGAGCAUCCGGAAAACAUUUCGGAGUGACAGCCACGGGCUGAGUGGUUCUCUGACUGACUCUGCCUCCCCGGGGGUGGGGGCUGGCUGCCGCCCAUCUUCCCAGCCCAUCAUGAGCCAGAGUCUCCCCAAGGAAGGGCCAGAUAAGUGUUCCAUCAGUGGGCACGGCAGCCUCAACUCCAUCAGCCGCCACUCAUCCCUGAAGAAUCGGCUGGACAGUCCGCAGAUCCGGAAGACGGUGACAGCUGGGAGGUCAAAAAGCUUCAAUAACCAUCGGCCCGUGGAUCCUGAGGUCAUUGCACAGGAUAUUGAGGCAACUAUGAACUCUGCCCUCAACGAGCUGCGGGAACUGGAGCGGCAGAGCAGCGUCAAGCACACCCCUGACGUGGUUCUGGACACCUUGGAGCCCCUCAAAACCUCCCCGGUGGUGGCCCCCACGUCCGAGCCCUCCAGCCCCCUGCACACCCAGCUUCUCAAGGACCCCGAGCCCGCCUUCCAGCGCAGUGCCAGCACCGCUGGGGACAUCGCUUGCGCCUUCCGGCCUGUCAAGUCCGUCAAGAUGGCUGCCCCGGUCAAGCCUCCUGCCACACGGCCCAAGCCCACUGUCUUCCCCAAAACAAAUGCCACUAGCCCUGGUGUCAACUCCUCAGCUUCCCCACAGUCCACUGACAAGUCUUGUACUGUCUGAAGGAUAUAAUUUAAUUGUUCUAGACAAGGGGACUGCAGGGACUGACUGUUAUUAAACUCUUCCUAUUUAACUAGC